UUCCCCCACACGCCUCCGUACACAAGCAUUAUUGAAUUAGGCAGCUUUAGAGAGAAAAGAAGGAGCCGAAGCAAGUGGCAAACCAAAAGUAGAGAGAGAAGACGAGAGUGCGAAAUUACCGCCAUCUUGUGAAGGCGGAGUCAUUUUGGUGAUCGAUAGAAGCUCCCCGGCUGCGAGUCCGCGUCGACGCCAUUACUACAGGAAGGUCUUCGGCGGUGGGACCUCGUGCGGCGCUCGCUCUACCGGGACUUUUUAUCAACCAGCUUUCUCUCUCGGAUCUUGGUGGUCGAAAAAAGUGCAUGAGCUCUUCAGAAUUCUGAAUCGCUGAAAGUAGAAGGAUGAGGACUGACUGCAAGGUGUACGUAGGCAAUCUUGGCAACACUGAAGCCAAACAUGAGUUGGAAUCAGCCUUUUCCAAGUAUGGGCCCCUUGUAAAUGUAUGGGUUGCAAGGAAUCCACCAGGCUUUGCUUUUGUAGAGUUUGAGGAUCCUCGGGAUGCAGAAGAUGCUGUGCGUGCCUUGGAUGGAACGACGACCCCCAACCCCCCACCCCCUUUCCCCAAAAGAACGACGGGCGGCGCGGCGUGGCGGUGCUUCCCCUCGGGCGACUAUGGCACCAUCAGUUAUGCCUCGCCCUCUCCCAGCGGCCUCUACAGCACAGCGGGCAUCCUCUCCAGCCCUGCACACCGUCAGAAGAACAAGAGGUCAUUCUUCAGCGCCUUCAGAGCGACCUUCAGAACUCUUAACGCCCAGGGGAUCUUGAACAUUCAUGGAAGACCAAUCUGCAACAAAGAGGACAUUCAGAGGUCGAGAAAAGCAACGCGCAUUGGUAAAAUACGUAGAGGAGAAAUGUGCAAAGAAGAAUGGAAAAAAACGAUGAAGAAAAGACAGGACGAAAACCAGGAUGAAGAGGUUGGAAGCCGCAGGAUAACGAUAAAAGAUAAAUAUGACACGAGCUGA